AUGCCUAGAAAGCAGCAUCUAACGACCAGUCAGCGUAAGCAAAUACGUAAGAGGGAAGAUCAGUAUAUCGAAGAGCUUCACACUAAAACGCAAGAGUUUAACAACCCCAAAGCAACUUAUUUCCAGGAUUUACCACUAAGUAAUGCAGUUCUUCGAGGAUUAAAAGAUGCCUCCUACGUUAAAUUGACAGAUAUUCAAAGAGAUUCCAUACCUGUAUCUUUGAAGGGAAACGAUGUGCUAGGUGCGGCCAAAACAGGUUCAGGUAAGACCCUAGCAUUCUUAAUACCUGUAUUGGAAAAGUUGUAUCGUGAGAGAUGGACUGAAUAUGAUGGUGUCGGUGCGUUGAUUAUUUCACCAACAAGAGAAUUAGCUAUGCAAAUCUAUGAAGUAUUGAUUAAAAUUGGUACCCAUUGUUCAUUUUCUGCAGGUCUAGUUAUUGGUGGUAAAGACGUCAAAUUUGAAGCUGAAAGAAUUUCCAAAAUUAACAUUUUAAUAGGUACACCAGGUAGACUAUUACAGCAUUUGGAUCAGUCUGUGGGACUUAACAUUGAUAAUUUACAAAUGUUAGUUCUUGAUGAAGCUGAUAGAUGUCUUGAUAUGGGGUUUAAAAAGACUUUGGACGCUAUUGUAAGUAAUUUACCGCCUAUUAGACAAACCCUGCUUUUCUCUGCAACACAAUCACAAUCAUUGAACGAUUUGGCAAGAUUAUCACUAACGGACUAUAAGACCGUAGGUACACCGGCUAACGUCAGCGGUUCACAACCCGAAACCCCAGAAACUUUGCAACAGCACUACAUCGUUGUGGAACUAGCAGAUAAGUUGGAUACGCUCUUCAGUUUCAUAAAAACUCAUUUGAAAUGUAAGAUGAUCGUAUUUUUUUCAAGUUCCAAACAAGUACAUUUUGUCUAUGAAACUUUUAGGAAAUUACAACCUGGUAUAUCUUUGAUGCACCUUCACGGUAGACAGAAACAAAGGGCACGUACGGAAACAUUGGACAAAUUCAGCAGAGCUCAGCAAGUGUGUCUAAUCGCUACAGAUGUGGUUUCAAGAGGUAUUGACUUCCCGGCAGUUGAUUGGGUUGUGCAAGUGGAUUGUCCGGAAAAUGUCGAUACUUACAUCCAUAGAGUCGGUAGAUCUGCAAGAUACGGUAAACAAGGUAAAUCUUUGAUCAUGUUAACACCGCAAGAAAAUGAACCAUUCCUACAAAGGUUAAAGGGUAGAAGGAUCGAACCCAACAUGCUAAAUAUUAAGCAAUCAAAGAAAAAAUCUAUUAAACCUCAAUUACAAUCAUUAUUGUUCAAGGAUCCUGAAUUGAAAUAUUUGGGUCAAAAGGCAUUCAUAUCAUACGUUAGAUCCAUCUACAUUCAAAAGGAUCACGAAGUUUUCAAAUUUGAUCAGUUACCGACGGAAGAAUUUGCCCAAUCGUUAGGAUUACCAGGUGCACCAAAAAUUAAGCUCAGAGGAAUGGGUGCCAUCGAACGUUCUAAAGACUUGAAAAAUGCUCCUAGACAACUACUAAAAUUGAAUAAAGCCGAUGAAAAUGGUGAAUUCGAAGAUAAACCAAAGGAAGCUAGAACAAAAUUCGACAAAAUGUUCGAACGUAAGAAUCAAACUGUUUUAAGUGAGCAUUAUCUGAACAUUACUAAAUCCCAAGCUCAGGCAGAUGAAGAUGAUGGUGACUUCAUAUCAUUGAAACGUGGUGAUCAUCAAUUAAAGGAAGAAGAUCUGCCGCCCUUGAUUGCACCUCAAUCUAAGAGAGCUGUUAGGAAAGCAUUAUCUAAAAAGGCUUCUCUAGCGUCAAAGGGUAAUGCAUCGAAGAUGGUAUUUGAUGAGGACGGCCAAGCACACCCAGUUUACGAAUUAGAAGACGAAGAACAAUUCCAUGAAAAAGGUGAUGCAAUGAGUCAAAAGCAGGAAUUUUUGACUAAGGAGGCAGAAAUCAUGGCUCAAAAGGAUGUAGAGGAUAAGCAAUUGGCUAAGGAGAAAAGACAAGAAAAGAAGAGAAAGCAACUAGAGGCUCUAAGACGUGAAAUGGAAGAAAAUGAAAGCUACUACAGCGAAGAUGAAGAACCAACAGUACUACUGGGAACAGGAAACCUCAGCGACGAUAUGGAUGAGCAUUCAGAAGGUGAAGAUAAAGAAGAAGAAAAUGAAUCACAAGAACAAGAUGAACAGGAAUCGGACUUCGAGGAACCACCAAGGAAGAAACAUGCCGCUCACAGAGAACAAAAACAAGAUGACGGACUGUUGGAAGUGGAAGAACCAGAGACACUAGAAGACUUGGAAUCCUUGACAUCGAGAUUGAUCAACCAAUAG